AUGCUGCAGCCCCACCCCCGGGGGACGAAGGCAGCGUCGCAGCAGAAUGCUACGGCGGGCUUGGGAUCGGGGCUCGGUUCGGGGCCUCUGGGCCUGCCGGGCGCGACCGGCUUGGGCUCCAGCGUCCCCUUCCUCCCGCCGCCGUCUCGCCACCACGCGCACCACCACGCCCACGCGGCGGCCACUGGGGCAGGGGCUGCCCCGUCUGCGCACGCUGCUCAGACCCAGCCCCACGCGGCGGCUGCGCUGAGGAGCUCAGCAGGCGGCAGCGCCUUUCUCGCGACCUCCUCGGGGUCGCUCUACGCGGGCGCGGGGCCGCGGCACGGGCUCUACCCUCACGGGGCCUCGAGCCCAGCGAGCGGCGCGGGGGCGGGCCAUCACGCACCCGCUGCGCCUGCGCAGGGAGGCCCCAAGGCCGCUUCGGCGGGCACCUUGCAUCCGUGUUUGGAGCUGCUGCACCUGCAGAGACUUCAGAGGCUCGAAAAAAGCCGUGCGGGGGUUCCGCCGACGCAGGCUUCUGACAGCGCGGCUGUGAUCGUGGCUCUUCAGCACCUGACGCACCCUCCUGCGGUGAGUGAAGAAGAGAGCGGGUAUUUCACGGACGUGAUCGACUUUCUGGGCACUGGCGUGUCGCUUCAAAGCGUAGUCCUCCUCGGGCCUGGCGAGAAGAUUCAUCCUCACAUUGACUUUGAGAGCCAGGCGGCGCCAGCCCCUGUUGACUGCGACGUGCGCUGCUACGCGCGCGUGCUCCCCAGGAUUUCCGACUAUACGGCGACUGGGCAGCCGCGAAGCAGGAAGACACCUCAUUACCGUCUCCUCACGCCCAAUGCGGCCGUGGCGCGCGAGGCGGAAGUUCGCGCAAGCAACAACCAGGGAACGAGCGCCGAAGGUUCCACGCAGGUCCCGUGGGUCGCGCUGGCCUGCGAGAAGGGCGACGACAAACUGCAAGACGGAGAGCAGCGAGGCGAGGAGGAUGUGGUUGUUGACCAGCUGGUUUUCUACGGAAACUAUCAGACCCUCUCAGUCGUCGUGCUCGGCCGCGCACUCAGUGACAGCACCGCCGCAGGGUCCUUUCAUUCUAAUCUGCGCGCUCGCCCCGGUCGUCCUGCGGCGUCCUCUUCUUUCGUUGACUGCCUUCCGCUGUCAGAGGCUCCCGUGGCGUCCCUCGCGUCGUCAGUCGCGCCGCCAGGCGCCUCCGGAGCUGCGUCUUCUGCUGCGUCCGCUGCAUCGUCGCCCUUGCCCGUUUUGCUGGGCCUCCGCGCGGUGCCGGAGAGGCGCGCGGUGGCGGCCGGCGCCCGCCUGAACGAGAUGAUGCGUGUGGCAGUCCUCAGUCCCAUCCACGAGAGCCUCGCGGCCUGGCUGGCUGAGGCGAACGCCGCCUCUUCGGGGCCGGCGGAGGCGAUAGGCGAGGAGAAGGAAGGCGAGAGGCGCGGCGCAGACGUCGCCUCCGGGGAGGAGGACGCGAAGGAACGCGAUCUUUGGCGGAAAAGGAAGCUCGAAGGACAGGAGGCCAAACGGGAGACAGAGCUAGAAGGCGCCCGAAAGAGCGGAGACGGGGCCGCGUGCGACGGCGAAGGAGAGGUGGAUGUGGUCAUGAGCAACGACGAGGAACCCGCCAGGCAGAGCCAACAGGAAAACAGGGGUAAGUGGAUGGAGCGCGAGAAGCAGACGUCUGGCGAGCGCCGCAGAGAUGCAGACCCCGACUCGAUCGACUACGCUUCGGGCGCGCGGACGCCUCGCGAAGGCGACGACGCGAGGGAGGGAGACGGCCACCGAGCGCCAAACGGCGAUGCAGCAGGGGAUGCCGCGAAAGAGGGCGUUCCUGCCUCUCCAGAGACCGAGCGGCGCAUCAACGAUCUGCCGUCCUCCGCGCCGGCGAGUGACGGCAAAGCCAAACAGGACUCGGGUCACGACGGGGGGACUCUCUCGUCGCCAGCGCUGCGGUCACACGCGCCGGGCACACGGCUCGGCGGCGACGGGGAGGACGACGCCUUCCCAGCGCCCCCAGCGUGCGUGUCUGUCGUCAUUCCGCCGGCGGCCUUCUGGGCGGAAGCCCUCCAGGUCGUCUCGCGUUUGUUUGCCGGUUUCGUCUCAGUCCCAGACGUGCCGCUGGCGUCGGCUUUCUCCGCAGCGCUGGCGGCGGCCGCGCCCUUCUCUCCCGACGUUCUUCUGCUGCUCACAGCCUCUGCCUGCGGAGUGCUGGAGUCCCUAGUUCUGGGCCCAGCUGCGCAGGAGGCGCGCCGGAGCAUUCUGGCGAAGAGCUACCGCACACGACGCGCCUCGUUGGGCGCGAGAGACUCGCAGGCCAGAGGGGCGGUCGGAGUUGCGACGCAGGCGCGCGCGAAGGAGGAGCUCGCCGACGAGGCAGCCCACGCUGGCGCGGGCAGCAGCGAGGCCGCGGCAGCGACCCAGCACCGAGAAAAGGCAGAGACCUCUUUCGGCGAUGUGAUUCAGGAGGGCUGCGCGGGGGGUGACGCCGUGCACACAGCGCUGCAGCUGCUGGGGCUCGAAGCCAUGGUGCGUCAGGCCUGGGGCGAGUGGAGGGCCAGAGAGCAGGAGCAGACUGGGGCGAGACGGGCGCGAGAGAGACCUUCGCGUGAGGCGGGGGCGGGCGGCGACGAGACGGCGCAGCAAGGCAACGCGCGAGGCGAGUCGUCCCCUGCGGAGGCGCAUCGGGUGGAGAGGUCGGGCAAAGAAGAACAAGCGCGAGGCGAGUCGGCGCAGAAGGAAAAGGGAGAGGACGAUGGCGCCGAAGACGAGACUCCGCCGUCUUCAGUGCGGAGAGUCUUCUUUUCUGAGAAAGAAGAAAGCAAGGAGGAUUCUGCCGCGGCGCGAGCCGCGCCGGCUCGUUCCCCCUCUGCGCCCCGGCCGCGCUCCGCCUCGCAGUCGUCGCUGUUUGUGUCUUUCUCGUGCACCGCGAACUCUGCGGCGUCGUCCUCGUUCGGCUCGGGCGCCGCAGGGCUCGUGGCGACGCCGUCUGUGUUGCUUCUGGUGCUGCGGCUUAUGCGACGACUCGCGCUGCUGAGGGAGACUGCUUCGUUGCUCGUCAGCGAAGGCGCGAUCGAGUUGCUAGUCUCCAUUCUGGUUGAGGCUCCAGUGCUUCCCGCGCUCGCGCCUGCGCGAGGAUCUGCGAAGGCGAAUCGCCAGGAAGCGAAGACGGAGCCCGAGGGCGCCGCGGAGACUCGGGGCGGGGCAGAAGCGAGCGCCGAAGACGAACGCGAAGAAGACGCGUGGAUCGCCGAGAAGACGAAGGAGGCGAAGACCGAGAAGGUUGCGGUCAGAGGCUGGAAGGUCAAAGUCGAGGCGCUCAAGUGCCUGCUGGUCCUCGUGUCGCACGUCCAAGGCAUGGAGAGAUUUCUUGGAUGGGAUCAAACGGAGCCGCGUGCAGAUGCCCUGAAGUCUAGCUCGCCACCCUCUGCUGAGGCGCUGGCGCUAGAGGGCGCUGGUGCGGAGACCCGGGAGGGCGAGAAAGACGUGACGAUGCAGCACGAGGCGCGCGAGGCGUCUGACGCGGCGACCUCUGAGAAGCGCAGCUUGUACUGUCACUUCCUGCAGGCCCUGGUGACUCAGCUCUCAUUCAGCAGGUAUCACCUGAAGCGCUUGGUGGCCGUCCUCCUCUCCCGCGUAAAGUCGUAUUCGCUCUUGACGUCUCUUCAGCAAGUGACUCUCUCGCUUGUCCGCGCGCCGCCGUCGGCUCCUCGCGGGCCGGCUGACGAGGCAUCCCCCCCGGCGGCCGCGACUUCGGCGUUCCUCGCCUCGCUCUCCUUCGGGCUGGGCUCCAAGAGCAAAGACGAGACCUCCGGCGGCCUCGUUUCAGGUUCUUCCAAGGCCUCAGCAGGGCGCCUGCCUCUGCCAGCGAGCGUGCUACAGGGCGACGGCUGGGUGUCUCUCGCCGCGGAGACUGUGGGGCGCCUUAACCUGCAGCUGCUUCACCAGACACUCCCUGCCUCGGCUAUUGCGGCGAGCCGAGACGAGCGAGUCGAGGUCGAUCUGUCGUGGCCGCUGACGCCGUCUCACCCAUGGAGCGCGGCGUCCCUCGUCGUCUGUUCGCGGCCUUCGCUUCCACUGUACCUUCAGGCGUUCAUGCAUUCUCGCUUCUGCAUCGUUUCCCUUGCUGUUCUGGUCCAGUGUCUGUACGCACGCUUGGGGCUGGUUCUGUGCCCCUCGACAGCCGACCUGCGGCUCCUCUCGUCGCUGCGCAGUUUGUUGCUUUUGCUGCUGCGCGCCAGCAAUGGGCCUCUCUUUCUCGCCUCUUGCCCCGAGGCGACGCAGGCGCUGCUGUUUUACGUCGACGCCUGCGGACAGCUGCUGCUCUCCCGCGUCGCGCAUCUCCCCGACCCGCUGAACGCCCAGAGCCACCGCCUCGCGACGUCGCUGAAUCGCCACCUACUCGCGCUCGCUUCUCCUGUGCACCAGGGGCCUCGCCACAGCAUCGGACUCAGCGCGCCGCCCUCUUGGAGUGCUGUUCCGAUGGAGUUCCUGCGGGCGCUGCUCGCGGCGCGACGCGGUGGCGAGGAGCUGGAAGCGGCCUCCGGGCCGCAGGACUACCUGCGUUUGCUGGGGCCGGCCGAGCAGGGAUUCAGCGAAGCCUUGCUGCCCUCGAAAAAGGAAGAAGAAGCUGGAGUAAUGGCGCUGCACAUUGCGGCGUCGACGCAGCUGCACCUGAUUGCACUGCAGCUCCUCGAGAAGCUGAUGGAGACUCCUCUCUUCGCUCCGCGGCGGCGAGAGUCCGUGCGACCGAGGGAGAAACGCGAGGCGUCCGUCGAGGCCGCGGUGGACAGGGCAUGCGACGAGACGAUUGCCAUCGACGUCGCGGACCUGCAAGCCCUCGAACGACUGACCGAAACGCCUGGAGGCCGUCAAGCGGUCGCCGCGGCCUUUCGGCUCCGACACGCCGACAUCCUCCUGGUGAUGCUCCUGGCGGAGACCGCCGCCGCGCUUACGGGCGACCUCGAAGAGGGCGAGGUGGCGGGCGACUACUCCUGCCUGCGCUUCAAAGGGCCGUCAGCGGAGCUGCUUGUCUGCUUCAGAAGCCUCGUCUGCCUCGUUUGGCAUCUGCUCUCAGAGGACGAACACGCUUCUUUCCUCUUGCCUUGCGGCCCUCUCAUCCUCGUCGCACUGCGGCCUCUCGCGCUCCUGGUGUCGCAGUUGCGCGAGGCAGAUCCGGCGCCGGGCGCCGCGCAGGCGCCCGCGACCCCCUUCGGCGCGGGCGAGCAGAGACACACGGGGGAUGCAGAGGGUGACGCAAGCUUCGGUGCGCUGCAAGGCAACCUUGGAUGCAGAAGCUUCAUUCAGGCCGACACGCACUGCGACAUUGUGACGCUUCUGAGGGGCGACCGCGCGCUCCGCUCGCGGAUUGCUUCGCUCUACGACGCCCUGCUUCCACUCUACGACCCCCUCGACCGGUCGGCGACUUCGCUUCCUUCGCUAUCCUCUCUGUUUUCCUCUUCUCCUGCUCUGCCGCCCCCGCCGUCUCCGCGGGCCCUGGUCGACGCGAUUCGGUGCGCACAGCCGCCCUGCGCCCUCCGCCUGCUGCAGGCCGCGGCCGCUGCGGCCGGUGCGGCUCCCGCGGGCGGCGUGAAGGGCUCCGGGGCUGCUCCGAGUGUCGCGGUCGGCGCGGGAGCAGCGGCGGGAGCGGCGAGUACGGGCCCCAGCGGCGGCGCCGCAGGGGUGGCGUCGCCUGCGGCGAUGCUGGGCGGCAUUGACGGAGGUCAAGGCGUCGAGUUGAUUGACGUCGCAUGGUGUUCAGAGCUGAAGGCGUCCGCAGGGGCUCGGCCUUCGCCCGCACUCUCCGCUGUGCCAAAGAAAGGAAAAGCAGCCGCCGAGGAGUGUGACGCAAAGGCUGAUCGGCAGCGCGGAGAGGCGGCGGAGGCGGAUGCCUGGGAGAUAGAGGGCGACCGCCCGCCGGAGGAGGCGCCGCUGAGCGCCCUCUUUGCGAGUCGUUUGCUGACGCUGUAUGUGCGGCGGUGUCCUCACGUGUUGCUGUUUGCGGGACCAGAGGAGAUCGAGUUUUUCCUGUCUUCAGAAGAUCGCUCUCUGGACGUCUCCCUGGAUCGCGACUCCGCCGGCUUGAACGGCGGGAAGCAGGGCGACGACGGCACGCAGUUCGCCUCCAGACUUGCCAUCGAGGACGACGGAGGCGAAGACGUGGCUGCGUGGGGCGGCGAGAGGCUGGAUCGAGACGGCUUGGGACCACUGGAGCGGAGUGGCCUCUCGGAGGCCAACGCAGAGGGCGAGACGGGCGCCGCGGGACAGGCGGAAGCGGAGGAGUCUCUCUUUUUCCACAAGCAGACUCUGUACAAGAAGGUGGGCCUGGCGGACGGCGUCCCCAUUCACCCGGGGCUCGGUCUCUUUCUUCUUUCGCCUGACGGCCAGAAGGCCCUCGUGUCGUGUCUGGCUCGCUGUGUGGCCCUGUUGGAGCCGCCAAUGCGCAACCUCGCCACCAUGGCUGGCUGGCAGCUUCAGGGCGCGCGGAUGCAAGCGUGGCUCGAGACCCGGCAACGGACGCUCCCGCUCGUCCGCGCGCUGCUCAUGCUCUUCUACAACGUGUUGCACGGCCUCACACGCCCUGGUGCCGAAGACGAAGAAGAGGAAGCCUACCAGGAGGCGGCCGGCUACAGGAAUCUGGAUCUCCUUCAGCUGCUGCUUCUCCUCACGGGGCGGCUGUUCGCGAUGGGCGAGUGGGUCGGCGGGGCCUCCUGGGAGGCGGAGGCCCGCGCGGUCGUGGCGGCCGCGUCCGGCGUGGAGGCGCGAAGACGCAGAGGCAAAGGGCGACGACUGCAGACGGCGGAGGACGCGGACGUACCUGCCUCUCCGGAUGUCUCCGCUUUGAGCGCUGAGCCUGCCUUCUGCGAGCACCCUCUUCUUCCGCCUCACGCGCUCCUGUCGUCUGCUGGGGAAUCCGACCUCUCCCUGUUUUCUUCCUCGGCGCCGUCUGUGGCGUGUCUCUUGGCGCGGACGGCGCGCUGGGUCGCAGGCGCGGAGGCUGUGGGUCACGGCAGCGCGUGUCUGCAGGCGCGUUUGUGUCUCGCGUGGUGCUGUCGGCUCUUCUUCCUGUGGUUCCAGAACUUCCGAGAGUCGCAGGCCUUCCUCGUGAAGCAUUUGAUUCGCUUUGGCGCGGCCUCGCUGCCCGCCCUCCAGCAGGGCUGUCUCUUGCUACUCACCUCCCUGGGCUCCUUCUCCUCGAUCCUGCCCGCCGCGCCGCACUCCUUCCACCUGCUGCCUUCGGCCCGCCGGCCCCCGAUCUGCGGCGGCGGCGUCACGCCCCAGGAGCUCGCGACGGCGGCCGCAGAAGCCAAGCGCGAGCGCGAGAAGAAGAGCGCGGGUGGCGCCGACCCGAGAAGCAAGAAGCCGGCGAACCAACUCAGCGCCACCGUCGCCGCGAUGCUGCCGCCAGGGAUCACGCUUUCUGCGCGCGUUUUCUCCCUCCUGGAAAUGUGUGCGCUCGACUGGACCGCGCCGAAGACCGGCGACGCCGAACAGAGCGAGAGAGACGCAGAAAAGACCUUUGGAAGACGGGGGACCUCCAGGAGCGUUAUGGCGGGAGCCAAACAGGGAAAGAAACUUGAGUCUGACUCGCUGCCGCUUUACUUUUGCUGCGAGAUCGACUUGACCGAAGAGAUCGCGGCUGCAGUGUCUUCUUCGUCCGCGUUCCUCGGGGCUGCGGCGGUCUUUGGAAGGCUUUCCAUGGGGGACGAGGGCAUCGUGCCGAUGGAGGACAACGAGUCCGUCUCGCGCGCUGGCAAGGGGCGACCAGGCGCAGAGGAGGAGGGCGAGGACGUCGCCGAAGUCUACCGGCUACUGAAGGAGACGCUGUGGGGAGUUGCUGCGGGCGAGGACGAGAAAGGCGACAGCGCGCAGGACGGCGAGCCCGAGAAAAACGAGGUUUCCUCACUCAGACGGUGGAUGCGAGAAGACGAGGCCAUUCGAGUGGAAGAGCUUGUCGUCCUCGUCUCGAUAGUCUCGCGGGCCGCCGUGUCUUCUUCUUCGGCCCUGCAUGCGCUCGGCGCCCAUGCAGCAGCCCAGUUGGCGGCGCAUCGGUUCCCGGUCUACUCGCUUCUCUUUGAGUGCAUGGACACUCUGCUCGAUAGCGUCCUUCAGCAGUUUGACGUCGAGGAGGAGCGACACAAGCGCCAGGCUCGGGGCGAAUUGGACGAGGACGGCAGAGCUGACGGCGCGGAGGACUUGGAGGGCGACGAAUGCGGCAACGGCAGCCUCGAAGAGGUCUUCGCGUUCGUCCCGGCGUCGGGCUCACUGGAGGCGUCUCGGUGUCUGUGUCGGCUGCUGCUGUUCAUCGAACACCUCGUGGCGCUGCAGGCGAAGGCCUCGUCCUCGGCGCUGCCUGAGCUAGAGAGGCUCGUGUCGCUCCCCUGCACGCGUCUGCUGCAGGUGUGUCUCACAGUCCUGUCCUCGUCCUCUCUACUCGCCGCUGCAGCCUCGCUUUCCACGGGGGCCCAGGAGCCGGCAGGUCUCGCGGAACAGGACACGAAGAGAGGAAACGGGCAGGCUGAGGACCGACAGGAAGUGACGGCCGGCGACACCCAGGGCCGCGGCUGUGUGCGCGAAGUGGCGCAGGCGCUGUUGCGCUGCUGCAUUCGCCUCGCAACGAACAUCGUCGCGUGUUACCAGCGGCUCGUGGACUCCGCGCGCGAGGCCGUUGAGACCUCCGAGGCGUCCUGUGCGUACCUAGGCGCGGCGCCGGAGCCCGAACAAGCGGAGAAGGCCGCGGACGUGCCGAAUCACCUCGCGGUCAUUAGGAAGAUCGCCGAGGCCCUCUGUGGCCUGUGCAACCGCCCAGACGCCGCGGGCCUCGGCAUCCACACCCUCGGGCUGGCUCUCGGGUUCCUCGUCACCCUCGGCGCGCAUCCCUUCACGAUGCUGACCGUCAUUUUCGAUCUGCCCCAGCACUCCACCGACGCGCUGCUGCUGCCCCUGAGGGGCGAGGCCAAAACCGAGGCGACCGCGGUCGCCGCGGGAGCCAACUCGGCGCUCCAACUCGGCGCCCUACUUGGAAAAAUCGUCGAGCGCACACGGACCGCUGCGCAGCAUCCCGAGGCCCGCAGUUCGCAUCUCUGGCUCGGCCUGGCAGAUCGCUUGCUGCUCCUAGUCGAGCUCCUCCUCAGGCACGCGGCGCAUCCCACUGCACCGCUCUUCGCGCUGCUGCAGUCCGACUCCCUCGCCAGCGUGUGCCCCUGGGAGGCCUUCAUCUCCGAAGACCAGUCCGCCGAGGGCAAACAAGGCGCACUCGGCGAACCCGGUACAGAGGAGUCCAUCGACGACUUGGAUAUCUACGCAGAUCUUCAGCCGGCGGAUGGAGAGCCGAAACCGGAUUCGAACGAAUCGCAGGUGGGUGCGGCUUCUUCCGGCAGCGCGCCCGCAGGCGCGAAGAACGGAGACCUCUCGCAGAGGGAGGACCCGCGGCCCGCGCUGCUUCGCCCGCUGCACUCCGCGUUGGAGACUCUGUUGUCGCAGUGCCAGUUGUUCCUCGCGGCGCAGAGCUCCGCCUUCUCCUCGGCCUCGCGCGCCCCGCGAAGGAACGCAGGCCCCAAGGCGGAAGAAAAGGGGAAACAGAGGAAGGCGGAUGAGGCCCAAAAGCGCAAGCAGAUGCUGCUGCUCGCUCAGCAGGCCGUCGUGCUGCUCGCCAAGACGGAGGAGACUGAGAGAAAGAUUUGCAAGCUGCUGGAGGGCUCCGCGUUCUUCCCGCCAGCGGGAUCCUCUGCGCUCUGCCCGAGCCUGCGUCAGUGCCUCUUCUGGGGCGGCGAGGAGGAGGCCUUCCUCUGGGACGUGGUCGCGCACUGCGACGUCGGGUUCAACGUCUCCGUUCGGCGCGCGAACUCGCUGACGGACCCGCUGCUGCCAGUCCCCGCCGCGCAGCCUGUGCGCGACAACUCGCUGCGUCUCGUCCUCGAUGCUGCAUUGGCGGCCAGAGCCCUGGAAAGCAGCGAAGACUGGUGGGCGGCUGUGAGUCUCGAGGCCAUCCAGUGCGAGGUGCGCAGCUCGUCCGCGGCCGCAACUGGCUCUUCGCAGGCGACUGGAGAGACUCUCGCGGCCGGCGCUCCGCGUGCAGGGGAGGCGGGCGCCUCCGCGGGCGAAGACGACGGGAAGGAGAAUAAAGACCUCGACGUGCCUCAGCUGCCUGCGUGGUUCUCGGAUCCUCUCGCUCGCUUCCAUCAGUCUGUGAGCGUCCCUGCGCCGGUGGACUGCUUCGGCGUCCCCGCGCCGCCGGCGCCUCCAGGGCGUGGGCCAGCGUACGGCGCGACCGCGCAGGGCGCCUUCGCUGCGGGCGCGUCGACGGCAGCCGCGACCGCAGGGACAGGGCGAGGGGCGCACGACGGCGGGACCGCGGCGACGGGGGAUCCGUUCCGGUCGCGCACCAAGGCGAGCAGCCGCGCCCCCAGCAAGCACGUCGACGACUAUGAGGCCGCAGUUCCCGGAGGCCUUACGCUACAGAAAAAGCCGCCUGCGAUUCCGCCGCCGCCUCCUCCAGAGGCGUCCGCGAGUGUCUCCCCUGAAGUCUCCCCGGGCGGGAGCGAAGAGGCGACUGCGAAGCCGCCGAACGCGGCCCUCGCGCCGCCGGCGUCAGCCCCGCCGCCAGCCCCCGGAGCGUUGGGCGGGCCCGGGCUUGCUGCUCCCGUAGGCGCCGGCGCUCAGAGUCUUGCUGCGGCCGCGGCGCCCGCGCCGCCGCCGUCUCCGCUGGCAGAGAAAGGAAGCGAGACAGAGGCGGCACAAGUGCUCGCUCAGAACUCCGUACCCGGGUCAGUUUGCCAGCAGCAUCAUCCUGGUGCCGUGGGCGACGCCUCAGUGCAUGCGGCCGCGUUGGCCCAGCAGGUCCCGGGGGUCGCUCCACAUGGCGUGGCGCAGGCCGGUUUGGGAGGGAUGGCGGAUCAGACGAUGUCCGCGGCGGCGGCUCUCCCGCAUCUCGCGUCUUCCAGUCAGAGGCCCGCGGGGCCCCUAGGGGGCUUCCCCCCGCAGGCCCUCGCAGGGUCUGGUCAAAAGCAGGUGCCGCAGCUUUCGGCCUCGUUCCCGCCGCUUUCGCCAGCGGGUCCGCAGGCCCUCGGGGCGGCGGCCGCGGACCCGGGACUCGCGGGGCGAGGAGCCGCCGGGGCGGCGCCACAGCACGCGGGCGCUGCGCCUGUUGGAGAUGGCCUGUUGGGCUCGGCGUUCGUCCGCGGGCCUGCAGGAGCGCCGACCGCGCCGCCACAAGCGGCGCAGCACGGCUUUGCCGCUCAGAUCCCCACGGCUCUCCAGAGGGUCCCGGGUCAGUUCCCCCCGGCGCAUCAAGGCGGGCAGCCGCCGAUCGGCUCCGCUGGUGCCAGUCUUCUGGGCGUCGCCGAGCCGGCGGGUCAAUGCGUCCACCCGGGCGGGAUCGCGGCGGCCUUGCCGCAUUCGCAGAUUCCGCCUUCGUUGGUUGGUCAGCGGCCGACAGGUGCAGGGAUGGAAUUCGCAGGGAUGGAGCAUGUGCAGCAGAUUGCUCCUACGGCGUACCCCCACGCCCAGGCAGCCGGCGGCCUGCCCUCGUCGCACGCGAGAGUCGCACCCCCCGUCGCUGGCGGCGUCUACGGCCGCCAGCCGGCGCAGGCGGUGGCGGCAGAGGACGUGCGACACGUGGAGCCACACAGGCUGCCCAGCGGCGCCCAGGGAUACGCCGGCGCGGCGGCUGCGCCGCGUGCUGUCCAGCAACCCGCAGGAGGCGUGGAACAGGGACUCGACGCGGUGCCUGGCUGGAAGGAAUUCGCCGCAGACGGGCUGCGCGAAGACAUGGAUGUCACCAAGUUGGCGCAGAAUCCGGAGCUUUUGAAGGACCCGCGCAUCAAGUCCCGGUUCAUGCGCCUGCUGAGUCGCCACGAGCAAAUCAAGAAUCUCUUCCGCAUGCUCGGCUUGGAUGUCUAG